AUGAUGAAUGGCCAAGAGAGAGUCACUCCUGGAAGUGCAGUGGUUCCCUUCUGCCACAGCAGUGACCAGCCCUCAGCCCUGCAGCAGCAGUUCUCGGAGUGGGAGUGCGACUCAGCGGUGCCACAAGGCACAGACCGAGGCUGGAUGUGCUGCCCAAAGGGCUGGAGAAGGUUUCAAGGAAGCUGCUAUUUCCUGUCCACUGACAUGAUGUCAUGGGAUGAGAGUGCAGAGAACUGCACUGGGAUGGGCUCCCAGCUGGUGGUGAUCACCAGCAAGGCAGAGCAGGAAUUCCUCUCUGAGCAGAUAAGGCAAUCUAAAGAACCUAAACGAGACAAUUCAUACAUUGGACUGUUUGCAAUGCAGGGGGGGCAGUGGCAGUGGGUGGACAAGACUCCCUACAAUGUGACAGCAGCGUUCUGGCCAAAAGGAGAACCAAGUGAAGGCUAUGAUGAGAAUUGCGUUAUAAUCUACAGGGAUACUGAACUACCCAACAACUGGAAUAGUGUCAGAUGUUUGAACUAUCAUCGAAUUUGUGAAGCUGCAGCAGUAACUGUGUGAUGGAAAUGCCCCUGUCCUGAGUAAAGCUGGGAGCUCAGCAGGGAGCUGGGAACAGCUCUGGCUGUGCUGGGAAGGGUGGGGAGCUCUGACACAUCUUCACUGUGUGGGGUGGGACCACGUGUGUGGAAAUGAAAUGAGCUUUGUCCAGCAUGCCCAGUGCAUGUGGUGGCUCAGGGAACACAGGGAGGCUCAGGCUCUUUGGAGCAGCUCCUGUGUUCUUGAGUCCUCUUCUCUCUAUGUGGUUCCAGCAGCCUCUGGCUGAUAAGAGAUGGACUUCUCCAGGAAGAAGGCACUGGAAUGGAAGGCAGAGAUCCCGAGAUUCAAUGUCCUCUGUCUCCUUGAGCAGAGCUGUUUGCUUUUUGUUGAGUCACACACAAAAUGUCCUCUAGCUGUACUGGUUUUGCCAAACAAAUUCCGAAAUCUUAGACAAGAGAAAAUACAGUAUCAGACCAAUGAAGAAA